AUGGACCCUCCCGUCGGUGGUUGUAAAUACCUAUGCCAACUUGGAUAUAAAACGCCCAUCCAGCCUGGCGUGGGAGAGAAGAGCAGUCAAUCGCCCCUCACUGCCCAGCUCAGCCCUGGCCCCAACCAGGUGAGUACUUCUCCAGCAGAGAGCGGCUUCCUGGCAACCUAUCAGGGCGGCUUCGAUGACUCGCCGCCUCUAUCUUCGCUGGCAGCCACUGCCAUGUCGGAGGAGCUGGUCCAGAGCACCAAGGAAAGCUCACAACCCUCCGUACCCCCGCCUCGGGAGGGUUGGAAGAAGGGCGGCCGGAUGCUGUCGGUGCUGCUGUCUGUCAACGUGCUCCUCCUCGCCUGCACCCUCAUAAGCAGCGGUGCCUUCAAUAAAGUGGCGGUGUAUGACACCGAUGUGUUCGCGCUGCUUACCGCCAUGAUGCUUCUCACCACGUCCUGGAUACUCUUCUACCUCUUCAGAACCUCCCGACGGCCGGACGCGGUCCCUUACCUGGACUCCCACGCAGGACCCAUCUGGCUUCAAGGCGGGCUGGUCCUAUUUGGUGUCUGUACCCUGAUCAUGGAUGUCUUCAAAACUGGCUACUAUUCCAGUUUCUUUGAGUGCCAAUCAGCCAUCAAGAUCCUGCAUCCCAUCAUACAGGCUGUCUUUGUCAUUGUUCAGACAUACUUCCUCUGGGUCUCAGCUAAGGACUGUAUUCAUGCUCACCUGGACUUGACCCGGUGUGGUCUCAUGUUCACACUUGCCACCAACCUGUCCAUCUGGAUGGCAGCCGUGGUGGAUGAAUCUGUGCACCAGGCCCACUCCUAUAGUGGCAAUAGCAGCCAUGCCCGCCUCACUUCUGAUGCAGAGCGGGCAGGAGAAGCCUGUCCUUGCAACACCACCUUCUGUCAGAUCUUCGAGCGGGGCUACUUCUACCUGUAUCCCUUCAACAUUGAGUACAGCCUCUUUGCCUCCACAAUCGUCUAUGUCAUGUGGAAGAACGUGGGGCGCCUGAUAGGCCCUUCCCACGGCCACGGCCAUGGCCACGGCCACGGCCAUACCCCAACCCCAGCCAGCCUCUUCCGGGAAACGUUCUUCAUUGGACCUGUGCUGGGCUUGUUCAUGUUUGUGGUAGGGCUGGGGGUCUUCAUUAUCUAUGAAGUCCAGGAGACGAGAGGGAUCCACAAAGCCCUGGUCCUCUACUAUAGCUUUAAUGUAGUCUGCCUGGGUCUUAUGACUCUGGUCAGCCUUGGGGGCUCUAUCAUCUACCGUUUUGACCAGAGGGCAAUGGACCAUCACAAGAACCCAACUCGUACAGUGGAUGUAGCGCUGCUGAUGGGGGCUGCUCUUGGGCAGUAUGCCAUCUCUUAUUAUUCUAUUGUGGCUGUGGUGGUGAGGACUCCCAGAGACCUGAUGGGUGGGCUGAACCUUGCCUAUUCCUUGCUAAUGAUCGCCCAGCACACCUUCCAGAAUGUCUUCAUCAUUGAGAGCCUCCACCGAGGUCCUCCUGCCAUCCAGGGAAACCCACCCAAUGAGCCUGUCCAUGGUCUCACGUAUGCCAAUCAGGAUGCCCUCCAGACCUUGCCUGCCUGCCCACCCACACCUAGGCUGGUGGGGUCCACCCCUGCUGAGCCCCAGGAGGCAGUAUCCAUUUUCCCAGCACCCCAGAGGAACUGGAGGAGCAAAUGCCUGAAGGAUAUUUCACUAUUUCUUCUGUUGUGCAACGUGAUUCUCUGGAUCAUGCCUGCCUUUGGUGCCCGCCCUCAUUUCAACAACAACCUGGAACUGGAUUUCUAUGGCUAUUCCCUGUGGGCAGCCAUUGUCAACAUCUGCCUUCCCUUCGGAAUCUUCUACCGAAUGCAUGCUGUGUCCAGCUUGUUGGAGGUCUAUGUUCUGUCCUGAGCCUGUUCCCCUGCCCCCACAACCCUUUGUACUACCCCACAAGAUUUCUAGAAGCCAACACAAACUAAUGACAACACCAAUUGGUGCCCAUUUUCUCCCCAGUGAGGGAAAAGACUUGGGUUGCAAACCUGAAUACCCAUUUCCUCAAUUCCAUCCAUGUCUAGAUGUCUCUUCAUCUCAUUUGCUCAUUUCCCACUUACCUCUAAGAAAAUUAUGCUGAUGCCAAUACC